UCCAUAUCCCGGCGUCCUUUGUGCCUACUUCCUUUCUGUCCCUUUCCGGCCUCCAAGAUGUCGAAGCGAGGACGCGGUGGGUCCUCCGGGGCCAAGUUCCGGAUCUCCUUGGGUCUGCCGGUAGGAGCCGUGAUCAACUGUGCGGACAACACAGGAGCCAAAAAUCUGUACAUCAUCUCCGUGAAGGGGAUCAAGGGACGGCUGAACAGACUGCCCGCCGCUGGUGUGGGUGACAUGGUGAUGGCCACGGUCAAGAAAGGCAAACCCGAGCUCAGGAAGAAGGUACAUCCAGCAGUGGUAAUACGACAACGAAAGUCAUAUCGAAGAAAAGAUGGUGUCUUUCUUUAUUUUGAAGACAAUGCGGGGGUCAUAGUAAAUAAUAAAGGCGAAAUGAAAGGUUCUGCCAUCACUGGACCAGUUGCAAAGGAAUGUGCAGAUUUAUGGCCCAGGAUUGCUUCCAAUGCCGGCAGCAUUGCAUGAUUUUUUAGUGUAUUUGUUAAAAAGAACCCAUUGCUUCCAGGAUGAGGGUGAGGGGAUAUGACUCAAUAGAUUCCAUCUGUUAAUAAUAAAAGAUCGCUCCCAAA